CUUCCGGGCCAGACCGUUGGCAGCGUCGACAUGGGGAAGAUGGCGGCGGCGGUGGCCUCGUUGGCCACGCUGGCGGCGGAGCCGCGGGAGGACGCCUUCCGGAAGCUGUUCCGCUUCUACCGGCAGAGCCGGCGCGGGACGGCGGACCUGGGAGCGGUCAUCGACUUCUCGACGGCACACGAGGCCCCAGGCCCGCGGCCCGGCGUGCCCAAGGUGGUGAGGUUUCAUCUGAACGUGGCCUCCGUGACUGAGCAGGAGGUUUGUCGAGCAGGCCUAAAGCCUGUGAGCCAGUGGCGGGCCUAUGGACUCGAAGGCUAUCCUGGAUUUAUUUUCAUCCCAAACCCAUUCCUCCCAGGAUGCCAGCGGCACUGGAUAAAACAGUGCCUUAAGUUGUACUCCCAGAAACCUAAUGUAUGUAACCUGGACAAGCACAUGUCUAAAGAAGAGGCCCAGAGUCCAUGGGAACAGAGCAAAGAGUUCCUAAGGUCUAAAGAAGUGAAUAAACGGAGACCCCGGACUUUACUAGAGAGACUACGCUGGGUCACGCUAGGGUACCAUUAUAACUGGGACAGUAAGAAAUACUCAGCAGAUCAUUAUACACCUUUCCCUUCUGACCUGGCUUUCCUCUCAGAGCAAGUUGCUGCUGCCUGUGGAUUUCAGGGUUUCCGAGCAGAAGCAGGUAUCCUGAAUUACUACCGCCUAGACUCCACACUGGGGAUCCACGUGGACAGAUCUGAACUAGAUCACUCCAAACCAUUGCUCUCCUUCAGCUUUGGACAGUCCGCCAUCUUUCUCCUGGGUGGCCUCAAGAGAGAUGAGGCCCCUACAGCCAUGUUUAUGCAUAGUGGUGACAUCAUGGUAAUGUCGGGCUUCAGCCGCCUGUUAAAUCAUGCGGUCCCUCGAGUCCUUCCCCAUCCUGAUGGGGAAUGCCUGCCUCGCUGCCUGGAGACACCUCUCCCAGCUGUCCUCCCGACCAAUUCGCUGCUUGAGCCCUGCUCUCUAGAAGACUGGCAGGUGUGUGCUGCCUAUUUGAAUACUGCUCGAGUUAAUAUGACUGUCAGACAGGUACUGGCCCCAGGCCAGGACUUCCCUUUGGAACCCAUGGAGGAGACAAAAAGAGACAUUACUGCAAGUGGUUUGUGCCAUCUGGAUGAGCAGAGUAACCCAGUAAAACGGGCAAUGCUAAAUCCUGACAGCUAAGACUUAGAGGUUAGCUCCUGUUGCCGUGUGUUCGCCCAAGGCAAGCCACACACAGGCAGGAAGAAGUCAUCCACCAUGCUGCUGCCUGGGCACGUCUCAGAGAGUAAACUGAUUACAGUUGGCUCAGAGAAGUGUUUGACUAAGUCUAGCUCCAGUAAGUAUGAUAAUGAUCCACACGAUUUCUCAGCCUCUGCUGUGAAUUCAUAUGUCUGUGGUGUAUCACGACCUCAGGGUUUAUUAAUAGGAAGUAAUGUUUUCCUCCCAGCAACAUGUGAUUUGUGAACCAGCAACCAGGAUUCCUAACUCCUAGUCGUUAUCAAAUCCCAUGUUUGAGCUCUUCACUCUUCUCUGCUCUUAGAGAGAAAUCUUAUGCAGGUGAAGACAAUGGAAUUAAAGUGUCCCUCAGGAGCUGGAGCUGGCACUUGAUUGGAUAGGCACAUGCCUACCGUGCACUAAGUCCUGGUUCAACACCCUGUACCACAUAAAUCAGGCGUGGUACAGGCCUGACCCAGCACUCCCAAGGGUAGAGGAUCAGAAGUUCAAAGUCACCUUCAGCUAUAUAACAAGUUCAAGGCCAGCCUGAGCUACAUAAUACUCAUCCACACAAAGU